AUGUUCCAGGAAUAUGUAAAGUGGCGAUCAAUAGCAUCUGCCUCACCCAGCGGUCGACAAAUUGCAGCUCGCAGGCUACAGGCUCGUAGGCCAAAGUUCUUGAAUAUGGCUCUUCCACAAAAUACCGAUACCGAGGAAGUAUACAAGUGCUAUCGCGGCAGGGUGGCGGCGUCCAAGUAUGGCGGCGGCGUGUCGGUGGGCGGCGUGGCGCUGCGGCGCGGCGUGAAGUGUGGCGCGCCGCCGGACGAUCUGCUGCUGGGCGCCUGCUGGCUCGACCCCAAGCUCGACCCCGACCCUCCGCCUGCUACCUCCACCCACGACCUCCUCGACUCCCUACUCGCUCCGCAGCCGCUCGCUGAACUCAAACCUCUUCCCCCUUUCACGGGCUACACCGGCCACCUCUCCAUCAACGGCAUCUCUGGGCACCACUAUCACGCCAUCGCUCAACGACUCCCAGAAGAGAACAACAACUACCCUACGCAGAGCGGCUACGGUGCUGAUCAUGAUGUAGUCUCCUCCUCUACCUGCGCAGCGGACGCUGAACCUCCUGACUUGGAGGACGUAAAACCAUUUGCUCUGGAAGAUACGAAACCUUUUGCCGAGACCAAUGCACCUGGGGCGCCUGACUCUUGCGCCGCGUCCUGCUCCCCACCAUCAAAAUUGUUCGAGGAUAGUAACAAACAGGACAUGACUUACGACAUUAGCUCCAUAGAAGACAUUGCGGCGAUAAUAGGCUCGGCAAUAGCCGAUACGACAGUACCUUCGCAACCUGAGGACCCGGAAAGAAAUGAUUCCAGAGACAGCUGGAUGGAUAUUGACGCCUGGAUCGCAGGUGCUUGUAGUCAACAGGGAGAUAAAAUCGUUCCACAGGACUUAGCAGAAUUCGGUCUCCCGAACUCGCCUCCGCCGGCGCCACAAACAAGCCACCAUUUGGAAUUUUCAUGCAAAAGUCAAGAGUUUUCAAAAAGUCAGGAAUUUCUUCAAAAGAAUCUUGGUCAAGCUGGUUCUACGCUACAAACUUUGUUAACGCACGGUUAUAUGCCUCUACUUCAAAAUCGGCUGCAAAAUGGCCCUCCGGUAAAACAGGAAGCGCCGAGUUCUACCAGCUAUGGGAUGGACGUGAUUUCGACGUCGUCGCCACCCGGCAAUGCUGUGUCCACGACGGACGGAGUGGGAGGCCUUCUGAACGGCAGGUACGCGUCUCACUACGCACUUAGCCUAAAACAGGACGGCCUGUGCAGUCCAGAGAGAUUACUAGGAUACCCUCACGCACACACCACGACGGUCACUCCAUCGAAUAAGAGUAAACGGAGUCGAGCGAAGGCGAAACAGGCAAAUAACGGAGCUAAUCUUCACGGUAGUAUGGCGUUCCCUACGUCGGCCGCCGAGUUAAGUGGUUUGUUGGGCAAAGAGAAACCGGUGCACCGAUGCGGAAUCUGCAAUAGAGGUUUCUUGAACAAGUCCAAUAUAAAGGUGCACCUGAGAACGCACACGGGCGAGAAACCUUUCAGAUGCGACGUGUGCGCUAAAGCGUUCAGACAAAAAGCCCACCUCAUCAAACACCAGCAGAUCCACAAAAGAAUCGGGAGGGACUAGGCAAGCCGCGUAGUAUCAAAGACUAUUCGACUCCACUAGCUCAAAUCGAAGCAUUUCAUAGUAUAGUUUGUGUGUGUGCUUGUGUGUGGACGGUACUCGUACCUCAGACCGCGUGGAAUCUCAUUUUAGGCUAUUGUACACAUUGUCUUCUAACGUAGUUAAGAGACACGUAUUAUUUUAACCCCUAGUUUAACACUCCUCCUAAGGACAAGUGCAAUGUUAACUAGUUUUAAGUAUUCCAGAUUUAUUAAUGUAGAUAAAUGUUUAUAAUUUGUUGUAUGGAUCCUUCGACGUUCAUUCCGUAAUAUUUAGUUUAAUAAUCCGUCUGGUUAGAUUUAUUUUGUGUUUCGGUGUCUGCCUUUAGAUUUUGAUAUUUUGCAUCGCAGUGCGUAUGAUGAAUUUCUAAUGCAAAUUUUGAGAGCCGAGUUUGAAUACAGUUUGCCAACCAAAUCAAUCGCAUGCGUCGUUCAAAAAUGUUCAAAUUCGGUUCUGUUCUUUCUAAAAAAAUCAAUGCAUUACUUUAGUUUAAGAAUAACAUGGAUGAAACAAUGCACGAGGUAAACAAUUAUUAACAAUCUUUUUUAUAUAUUUCCGCGUAAGUGAAUUUUACUCCGAUUACCUAUUUAUAGUCACCUUAUUUACUUAGUAAUAUAUUGUGUAAUAUUAGGUACUUACAUUAUGUAUAUGUAAAGAAACAAAGACAAAGCGUAUGAGGCUAACAAUCUCUACUUUAGAAUGUUUAAUAAUUUAUUUAGUCCUCUAAUUUCAAUUCCUAAAAACUUAACCAUGUCAUCAGUGAAUUCGUGCUGAAUUCGCCUUUCAUCAUUCAUUCGCUCACAACUCAUCGAUAAUUUCAUUCAAAACCUGACCUUCUUACUAUCAUCAACUUCGUAACAUAACUAUUUUAAGUGUUUUCAAAUCCGCCUUUUCCGACAUGAGCAUCUCACAUACACAUUUCAUAUUACUCAAGUCAUUAAUAAUAUUCAUUAUCACCAUAUUAUUAACAUUAUAUUUCAUUACUUGCUGCAUUAUGCUUAUUAUAUUUUCAUGUCUUUUUAUAAUACUAAGAAAAAUAUAAACCAUUUCAUACAAAUACCUUCCAACAUCACAUGCCAUCAUCACAAAUAAAAUAAUUAACAGCUGGUUACGUUACAAAAUAAGUAGGUGCAUAAGCGCGGGCGCACGCGAACUGCGGAACUGAAGCGUCCGGGAAGCGGACGGGAGCAAAAAAUUCAGCUAACACCGGCUAAUGUCUUGCGUAAUGGACCUUCGGUUAUUGGGUCGAGCGGCUGACUUCAAGCAGGAUUUGUCGUGUAUUUUAAAAAUCCAUUUUAAUACCGUUAUUGUUUUCAAUUGUUAGUAGUAUAGGUACAUGAUUAUUUUUAAUAAACGGAAUGUAAUCUAUAAAAAAUGAUUAAGUGUUUAAAAUUUAAUUUGCCUACGUCAAGGAUGUAUGUGGCUUGUGUGUGUAUGUGUGUGGUUUAUACAACGUUCUGCUUAAACUCAUGUACUCAAUUUUCUUUAUCACAUCAUUACUAACGCGCCAAUUUAUUCAAAACGUACUUACGAAAUGUACAAUAACCUUAAUUGUUAGGACAGAGAAACAUUUUCAAUCUCGUCUAGGUUAAAGCAUUAUUACUUAAUUUAGCAUUUGCGUGUAUUACACUGCAAUGCUUUCAAUGUUUAGUAAUUCCAGUGUACUUAAUAUAAUAACGAGUAUACAUAUCGCUGUUUAACGCUUACUUACGUGGUUUUGUGUGUACAUACGACCACACGAUAAAGUAUGUAAGUUGUCGAUAGGUAAUAUCUAACUGUGGCCCAUUGUACCAUGGUGGUUGUAUAGUCUUUUUAAUACUUGUUUAACUAAAUUUGUCUAUGUCUCCCAGAACUUUGUAAAAAUAAUUUGAAUAAAUCCUCUCUACCAUUUAUUGAAAAAAUGGGAGGUUCCAUAUUUUCCAUGAGAUUAUCAUCUACUUACGUUUCUGCGUUUAUACAUUGUACAUAAUAAUAAACAUUCAUUUACUAAGUAAUCAUUCAUCAUUCUAACUGAAAUAUUUAUUCUGUGAUUUAUAUUUUUUAUUUCAUAAUUACUGUUCUUGGCGUGUGAAUUCGUGUUCAUCAAGCUGUCAGUGAUAGUUGAUCAAUUUAUGUUAUAUAGAUACAUAUAUAAAUUUAAAUGAAACGUAAUUUUAUUUGAAAUCAAAAUUUUGUCUUAAUAAGAGUAGACGAUUCACUUUUGACUUUGAUAUUGUUGUUUUAUUCAAAACAGUUUUGGAAAAACUAGAAUUUACGAAGUACGAACUUAUUAACCUUACAUUUUUCAAUACACCCGAUUGCUUUCCUAAUUUCAUUGACCAUUGAAAUGAGACCACGCGUUCAAACGCUUGAGCGGGUCGGUUGCGCUGCGCCCGCGCACGCCAUUCGCUGCCUCUAUCAAACACCAUUACAUGCACAAUACUGAAAUCAAUUUGGGUGUUUCUUGUUAAUAUCAUUUAUGUAUCCACCGUUUCAAGAUAUAUAUAGUCCUUAUUCAUUUCGUUGAUGUCAUAUUUGAGAUUAAAUAUGCUUUAUAUUUUAAGUAUGUUGUUUUUUUUGGUUGCUAGUACACAAUGCUAAAAAGUUACAACAGAAAUAGUUCGUAGCAAAAUUGUCGUUUUUAAUUCAAUCAAACAACAACAUUAGUGCAGCCACAUUAAAACAAAGUGUGGCGACGAGUCAACAAUGUUAAGAUUUUAAAGUAGCAAAACCUAACCGAUUUCAACAUUUAGAUAGUAUUUUGGCAACAGGCAAUGGUGUUCGCGGGCGAGUACACCGAGCUACGCAUUGUGGGAUAGACGCGCGUUGUGAAACGCUGAACCUGCGCGCGCGCACACAGGGGUAAAACUAAAUGUUUCUUUACAGCUAUUGUAGACAACACGCAAAGGAUAGUUCCUGUUAAACGGAUUACGUUUGGGAGUAACAUUUCGUGUAGGAAUAUUAUGUAAUUUUUUUAUAAAAGAUUGCCUAAUUAUAACACUAGGUUGUCUAUUAUCUUCUUUAGCUGCUUUAAUGAUAUAAUAUAAUUCAGACAUGAAGUACUUUGUUAUGGUAAACGAGAAACGAAUAUGCGUUACAGAAAAUUAGAGAGUAUAGCGUAAGUUGAAUUCACGCUGUUUGAAAAUGAUUUAUAAAACUGUUAUGGCGUAGACUUUUGCUAUAUUAAAAGGUGAUUGUUUUGACAUCAUCAUCCUGCUGCUGAGUGCGGGUCUCCUCCAAGGAGAAGGUUUAGCUCAUAGUCCACCACGCGGACUCAAUGCGGGACAUACGCCAAACUUACUUCAUUGUAUUUAAGAUAUUGAGAGAAAGAAGAAAGCUAGUGUUUCACACGCAGCGUUUCCUACUUGCGUCGGUAGGACCUUUAUAAACGUACCUUUUGAUAGUUAAGUUAGAGUUAAGUAUUUAUUGAUAUUAUUGUAAUUUUGUAGUUAUUUUUAAUGUAAAUCCUUCCAUUUUGCGAAGUCGGCCUUCGUGUGUUCUGUUAGUACACUUUGCUUAUUGCAAUAUUAGUUGUUCGGGCUGAAACACCAAAUUACAUCAUAAUUUGCUGGUUGUAUUAUAAAAAUGCCAAGUUUUUUGCGGUUUUAAUGCAAUAUUUAUUUUUAUUGUAUUGCAAACCUUUUCACGCAACUACAAGUAUUUGUUAUUAGCAAAGUUUACUAGAACAUAAUUUUUUAUAAUGUUGUAUUUUAAGAGAAAUGUUAUAUUUUUCGAGAGGUUU